GCAGAACCUCCGAAUCGAUACGACGCGCGUCACGUGCUGCCGCCCGCGACCAAUAGCCGCGCGCCGGUAGCGGCACCCCGCGCGCCCACCCGCCAGUUGUCUUCUAGCCGUGGCGGUGGACGUACGCACACCGCGCUCGCGAUCGUUCCGAUGUGUACACACUGUGCAGUGACGCUAUGAGUGCGUGGACGGAGGAUGCGCUUUCUUGGCGCGACGAACGGCUCAGUCUAACGGAGCUGCCCACCAACAGAAGAAAGCAACGUAGUGCUCCAUACAGAUUGCACCGACCGCAUUUGCACGUGCCCGAACCGGUACCAGAGCCGCAAGGAACACACAUUUCGAGAUUGUAUCCGGAGUUGCUCGCGCUCAUCUUUGAAAGGCUUCCAGUAAGAGACAGAGGUCGCGCGGCUCAAGUUUGCCGCGCUUGGAAAGAUGCGGCCGAUCGACGAUCCGUUUGGCGAGGAGUCGAAGCAGCUUUGCAUCUGAGAAGACCAGCACCUAUAUUAUUUGCAUCGCUCGCUAGAAGGGGAAUAAGAAAAUUACAAGUGUUAUCUUUAAGACGAGGUUUGAGAGAUGCUGUUGCAGCUCUUCCAGGAUUAGAAUCCUUAUCGUUGAGUGGGUGCUACAGCGUGACAGAUGCAGCUUUAGCUAGUGCGUUUGCGUCGGAAUUGCCUGCUUUAAAAAGACUAGACUUAUCCCUUUGUAAACAAGUGACGGAUUCGUCUCUAGGAAGGAUAGCGCAAUCGUUAAAAAACUUAGAAGAAUUGGAAUUGGGUGGUUGUUGUAAUAUAACCGACACAGGGUUAUUGUUAAUAGCAUGGGGCUUGAGAAAGUUGCGUCGAUUGAACCUGAGGUCUUGUUGGCACGUGAACGACGCAGGUAUAGCCCAUCUAUGCGGAGGCGGAGAAGCUAGAGGUACACCGGAUUUAGAACAUUUGGGCCUGCAGGAUUGUCAGAGGCUAACCGAUGAAGCACUCAAACAUGUAGCAACAGGUCUCCCUAAUCUUAAAUCUAUAAACUUAUCAUUCUGUGUAGCCGUCACCGACGCUGGAUUAAGACACCUGGCUAGACUACCGCAUUUAGAAGAUAUAAAUUUGAGAGCGUGUGAUGGAGUGUCUGAUGCCGGAGUGGCCCACUUAGCGGAGAGUGGUAGAUUACGGGCUUUGGAUGUUUCAUUUUGUGAUAAAGUUGGGGACGAAGCGUUAUCUCAUGCUACGUUAGGGCUAUCAGGCCUGCGUUCUUUAUCUCUGAGCGCUUGUCGGUUGACCGAUGAGGGCCUAGAGAGGGUCGCGAGGUUAUCGCAGCUAGAAACUCUCAAUAUAGGACAGUGCACACGGGUCACAGACAGGGGGCUACGCGCAUUAGGAGAUGGAUUGCUAAAUUUAAGGGCUAUAGACUUGUACGGUUGUACGUGUAUAACGCCUCAGGGCCUGGACCACAUCGUGAAGUUGCCUCGACUUAGUGUACUUAACCUCGGCUUGUGGCAUGUACGGUGACCACACACGCGCUAACUCGAAUCCGUGCGUGAGAUCUGUGUGUGAGUGAGCGGCCAUUAUAAAGUGAAGGAGCCACCAAGGUUGUAUGCUCUGGACAGUGGAUAAAGAAUUAACCAAUUUUAACGAUAUUAUCCAAUUAAUUGUUGGGGAGUGGGGUCGCUUUCUUUUGUUUCUGUUUCGAUAUUUGUUUUAUGAUGUUUGUUGCAUUAAGUUUGAGCUGAUUUUGAAUCGUUUCGGUUGUGUUUAAGAAAGUUGCCCCAACACCUAGUCGUUAUAUUGAGCCAGACCUCUUUUAUGUUAGAAAUGUAUUACUUUUUUCACUUACCAAAUAAAAUUUAUCCAUUACUAAUUGAAAAAGGUCUGAUGUUUCAAUAUAGUUGCUCCAUUAGAUAGAUAUUUAGCCAUUCUUCAAAUUAAGCGUUUUAAUUCGACCUUGCGCAUUAAUAAGGAACUAAAAAAUUUGUUAUAAUUAGGAUAUUCAAUUGUUGAUUGUCGUUAAUAUUUUGGGAGCAUGUAAUUUAAGCUUAGGGUUGAGGUUUUAAUAAAAAUUGACUGACCACAGUAUCAAACGCAGUUCUAAAUCGUUUCCCAAAGAAAAAUAAUAUUCAUUUACAAAAAAAAUCACACGUGGAAGUAUUCCCACGCAUUAUCUAUGGUUCCACGAACUGUAGUCAUAUACCAUUGGGUCUUUUUAAAACAAUAGAGAUACUAACAAUGGAGUUCCAGGGACUGAAUGUCAAACGAUUUGCUGUAAUACGGAAAAUCUUCCUUUGUAACUAAAAUAACAUUCCUAACUGUAAUGCGUGCUUUAUUUUUUUUUCUCUGAACUGAUCAAGGAUUAUAACCAACAUUGUGUUACUUCACAAAAAAAUAUAACAACAAGUUUUAUCACCAUAAUAAUAUCGUUCCACUGACUUUAAAACCUUUCUAACAACAAGAUGAGGAUUUAAUUGUUUUAAAGAUUCUGAUACUUUUAGGAUAUAAUAGAAAUAGGAAAGACAGUUCUUCCAAUAUUUGAAUAAAACAAUAAAAAGAAAUUAAGGAUAAAUAUUAAACGACUAAAGAUUUUUGUUAGGAAUAAUAGUGACGCAGGGUUGAGACGUUGAUUUAUUCGACUCAUUUAUAACGUGUUAUAUACAUUUUCUUUAAUAAAUUAUGAGAAAUACCUUGACAUUAUUCUAUGGUUUAAAACUUGGAUAUAAUAUUGAAGAAAGUUAUUCAACUAAUACUAUCGAAUUUCGUUUUAUUUUAAUGUCUUCCGAUCGUCGUGUAAUUGUCAAAAAACUCUUAUCGAAUAGCGAAAAUUCAUGACGUACAAUUUAAAAUCAUAAAAAUAGCUUUAUCAUUUACAAAUGAAUAUGACAUAUUAUAAGAGAAAAAAAGUGUUAACGUUUAUGAUAAAAUUUCCUAAAAGUACCACAAGAUAACUGCUCAAAGUUUCGGGAUUCAUGUAAAAUAAUAUGAUUAUGGAAUGAAGAACAUUAAAAUAAGCCAGAAAUUAUAUCUAUAACUAUUAAAUCUUUUUGUCUGCGUCAUCGGUAUAGCCAAAAAUCAUUCUAUGGUUUUUGUCGGGUCUAAAGACACGACAACAUUAUAUUUUUACUUUGAUAUUUAUGGGUUUUUGGAAACUUUACAUGAUUAUUGAAUAUGUAGGGAAAACUGUCACAAAUAUGAAAAAAGUAGUACUAUUCUUAGUUCCGAAAAUUGUUUGAUUUUGUUAAUUUUGUAAUAGGAAUAAGUUACGAUUGUUUUAUAAUUUCUAAAUAUAAAUUUGGUGAUCUGCUUUCUGCAUUAGAAUAUUAGAUGUUGAAGCCAAUUUAUCCAAUUAUUGUUGGAGUGUUCAUUCGAUUUUUCCAAAUAAUGUCUCCCAUGAAGUCACGAUCUCGUAAUAUAUACGUAAUUUUUGAUAUUAUGCUUAGUUAUUAAUUUUUAUACUCUGUGAUUUUGCACGAGGUCGAAUUAAAACUUGAAACAAGUUGUAUACUAUGUCGAUACGUUGUUUUUUGUACAAAACGAAAUGUAAUAUAGGAAAAACAAAAAAUGUAUUAAAAAGUCAUGGUUUAAGUUAC